GGCCGUGGAGAUGGGGUACCAACGGGAAUUAUCUCCAAGACAGCGGGCGCUUGACCUCGACAAGAAAAAGGAAGCCAUGGAGGUUGAGAUGGCGAAGAUUGUAUCAGAACUGACUGCUAAUGGAGGCCCUGGAAUGAACGGGAAUUUGUUAGACGCUCAGGGGUUCCCACGCUCUGAUAUAGACGUGCACGGGGUGCGCAAUCAGAGAAACCGCUAUGCUACAUUGAGAACGGAUCACGAAAAGAUAACUGCCGAGAUCGAGAAGUACCUUUACAUGGCGCUGGCACCUCUCGCAGAUAAAACAGGAGAAAAUGGACCAAGCGAACCUCCUUCGGCGGCUUCUAGCACUGCCGCACCAAGCGACGUAGCUACAGCCGGCUCUAGCUCGGUUCGUAGUGAACCAAUCCAACCCCCUAACACUGCAUCUGCCUUUCCCCGACACUCAGCGUUUGCACUCGUGGAUGUAGUCACUGAGAAUUCCCCCGCAGCGACGGCUGGUGUUGAAGUGAACGACAAGAUCAUUUCGUUCGGAGCCAUUUCGCUGCGCAGAUUCCCUACCCCUCAGCAUGCCAUGCAAGCGCUGCCUGGUCUUUUGCGCGAGCACGAAAAUAGGGCUGUGGACGUGGUGAUUGACCGAGGAGAAGACGACGCUGUCCAAAGCUUGACGUUGAGCUUAUCACCGCGGAAAUGGUCAGGAGCAGGGCUCCUAGGCUGUCAUGUAAUACCUCUGCAAGUUAGCCAAGUAGAUGCUAGGUACGCGCCGGAUGUUGCAACAGCUGUGAUGAGCCAUUCUCGACCGGAUCGUGUUUAGAAGCUGGAACGAGAAAGUCGUGCUCUCUAGGGGAAACUUGCAGUGAGGUGGUUUGCAGUGAGCACCUUACGUCGUUCUAUACUCACACCAAAACAUCGUCUACAACGUACCUCCUUCCGGCCAUCUAUCCACAUGUGCGCAGUGCGAACAUAUGUAGAACCCUCCUUAAGAGCUUGCAGGGUGCAGAUAUGUACAUGUCAGGCAAUCUUCAACCUUGGUUGAAAAUUGAAAAUACUGAAUUUUACAGAAAAGGCAUCCUCAGACCCAUCACAGAUGCUAUUUUCAUAAAUAGUCGAAAAUUUUGCAUCUUCACAGAAUUUUGUCUUUGCUUCGCAACAGGGUCAUCAACAUCUGGCUGGCAUUGCUUCUUCUGGCUUCUCAUCGUCAGCACCACCCCGAUCCCCGCCUCUUCCGCCUCUCUCCCUCUGCAGCGCUACCCGCCCUUCCGUAUGGCGCCCAAAGUACCACCGCGCAUUCGCGGGCAAAUUGAGUACUUCACGUCUCCCUACGAGCAGAAGCUCUUCGGCGAUGUCUUCGACGCUCGACUGAGGAUGACCAAGCUCUGGCGCAAGCUUUCUUUCGUGCGUGACGCCGCGCCGGCUAUCAUCCUCUUCGCAACUGUCUACACGUGGGGGAAUAAUACCCACGAACGCCUCUCUCGCGAAGACAGGUAUUGAAGUGAUCGCGACGGCAGUUAUCGGAAGUGCAUUGUCGCCAAGUUAGGGGAAUGUUGGCGUUUUCGUGUCUUUGCUUCGCAAGACUAUUGAGAUGCGUGCGUUGCUCUCGAGUUGGACUCACUGGCGUUCCCAAGCGCUCGUCAAGCGCUUACGGAUGGGUUUCAUUGCGCGAAUUUUCUGCGAAGCGCAACGGACUAUGACGGACUCUGUCUGUGUUUAUUCCGAAAGAUCAUUAAAGCGUUAUCUUUGAGUAUCGAUAGUCA